GGGUAGUGAGGGUGGUAGCCGGGCAGCCGCGGAGAGAGAGAAGAUUAGAAAUGCCAGAGCCAUUUAAGUGAUGAUUAGUUAUUGAAUCCUGACACUGUUUAACUUACCCUUUUGCACCACUAACUUCAUGGUGAAGAGUUCGGAAUAAAUAACAGAGGGUAGGAGAGACAACAUUCAAAUUCCCAUGGCUAUCCCAAUAACAGUGCUUGACUGCGAUCUCUUACUCUAUGGCCGAGGGCAUCGGACACUGGACCGCUUUAAGUUGGAUGAUGUGACUGAUGAAUACUUGUUGUCCAUGUAUGGGUUUCCUCGGCAGUUCAUUUAUUACUUAGUGGAACUCUUAGGGGCUAGUCUUACUAGACCCACCCAACGAUCUAGGGCUAUUAGCCCAGAGACACAGAUCCUUGCAGCUUUGGGUUUCUAUACUUCAGGCUCCUUUCAGACGCGCAUGGGAGAUGCUAUUGGAAUCAGCCAGGCCUCUAUGAGUCGAUGUGUUGCCAAUGUCACAGAAGCGCUUGUGGAAAGGGCCUCACAGUUCAUUCACUUUCCGGCUGAUGAAGCCUCCGCGCAGGCUCUGAAGGAUGAAUUCUAUGGGUUAGCGGGGAUGCCAGGGGUGAUAGGGGUUAUUGACUGUAUCCAUGUGGCAAUCAAGGCACCAAAUGCUGAAGAUCUCUCCUAUGUGAACCGCAAAGGGCUGCAUUCUUUGAACUGCUUGAUGGUGUGUGACCUUCGAGGGGCACUAAUGACUGUGGAGACACAUUGGCCAGGCAGUCUGCAAGACUGUGCUGUGCUGCAGCAGUCUGCUCUCUGUAGUCAGUUUGAAGCUGGGAUGCACAAAGAUAGCUGGCUGCUUGGUGACAGUUCCUUCUUUCUGCGCACCUGGCUCAUGACCCCACUUCAUAUAGCUGAAACGCCAGCCGAAUAUCGCUAUAAUAUGGCCCAUUCAGUGACUCACAAUGUGAUUGAGAAGACUUUCCGAACCCUCUGCUCCCGAUUUCGCUGCCUAGGUGGUUCCAAGGGAGCCCUGCAGUACUCACCUGAGAAGUCCAGCCACAUCAUCUUGGCUUGUUGUGUACUCCACAACAUCUCCCUGGAGCAUGGAAUGGAUGUUUGGUCCUCCCCACUGACGGGACCUGUGGAACAGCCCCCUGAGGAAGAGUAUGAGCACAUGGAAACCCUGGACUUAGAAGCUGACCGGAUCCGCCAGGAGCUGGUGCUCACUCAUUUCAGCUAAUAGCAAGAGACUUUGCAGAAGUUGUGACAAGCAUUUCCCUUCACCACCGCCUACCCAGUUCCAUCAUCUAGCAUGACUGAGUGUGGGGACACUUGUCACAAACUGACAUUUUAUCUGUGUUUUAGGAGGGUUGGGACUAUGCCAGCAUAUCUUGAUUCAUUUGCAAAUGCAGUGACAAAAUCAAAAGUAAGAC